GUCCGCUGGGGCCUGGGCUUGGGGUCCAGGCAGGCAGGCAGCACCAGGCAGGCGGGGGCGGCAGCAGGGAGGAAAGGAAUAGGCAAUCAAUCGGCCCCGGCUCAAUCUCUCUGCUCUGCUGACCGCUGUGCUCUUCUCACCACCGGAAUUCGGGGAUCAGUAGAAACUGAACGGAUUUCCGAGGUGUUUUCUUUAUAAAAAUUCCAUCUUUCGUCCUGCUUUCAUCUGGUGGCGGAGGGAGACGCAUGUCUUUUCUCGGGGCAGCCGUCCAGCGACCACGGAGAGCGGAGGCAGUUUGGGCUAGUCGUCCUACCAGUCCACCAGGCGCUCCAAUCUAGCACCCGCAGCCGAGAGCCGUGGGGAACGAGGACGGCGACCCGGCCUCCUCAUGGAAGGCCAAUCCCCUGACCAUAUAUCAGUUUGUUCAGCUCCAAAAAAGUCUAGUACUUCAUCACGAGGUAGACAGCGUAAUUUCUCAUCAUCUACAUGUAAAGAUUUUCUCCGGAAGUUUGUGGACAACAAACUUCUGACUUCGAGCCUAGAGGAUUGGUUCUCUGGUCACAGUGAAGAUUGUGAUUUUAGGAAGCCAGCAUUUGAUACCCCUUUUGACCUUACUGAAUUACAGAAUUUUGAUUAUGCUCAGGAGGGUGUUAAUUUUCAGCAGCUAGUACGGAUGCCAAAUGCUCUUUAUGCAUCAACAUCAGAUGUUUUUGAAGCUACUGCGUACCUUGCCUUGGAGGAUUUCCUACAUGCAGGCAUUAAGGGAUUGUGGGAAACUUUCUGGGGUCCUGACGAAGAAAUGCCUUUCUCAGUUGCCUGUAUACACAGCACAAGCCCAAAGUUUUAUCCUGCUGAGAAGGCUAUUAGCAGUGGGAAACUCGAUGGUGUUUGUGCAACAGCUGUCCUGAUGAAGAAUUUAAAGCAUUCACAAGGAAGAUGGGAUCAUAUUGUUGUAUUGGCUUUGUUGAGACCUGAUAUUGGAAUGGUUUCUGCACAAGGUGACCACGAGCCAUCUCCUGGUAUCUUGGGGGAGGCACUGUUCUUUGCCUUGCGUGUUCUACUAUCUCGAAGCCUUAGCAGAUCCUCCACAGUUCUUCGAAAUUCAGAUUGUGUUUACUUGCUUCUUGUUGAUUCACAGUUUGGAGGAGUGGUCAAGGUCCAUGGUGAUCUGAACAAGCUGGAUUUCAAUCUGAACAAUGUUUAUGACUGUGCUGCUGAAUGGAUAAAGAAUCACGCCAAAAUUACAGUUUCUUCCAUAGAUCGAGUGUGGAACAAACUUGGGAAUGCUAACUGGGGAGACAUUGGGGCCCUUCAAGUUCUCCUUGCAAUUUUCCACUCAAUGGUCCAGUUUUGUGGAGAACCUAAGUAUUCUCUUGAUGAGCUAGCAACGGAACAUAGUUCCCGGCUACAAAGUCGCAGAUCAGAAAGACAUUUGGUUGACAGACAAGCUAAUGGUAAUGGUUUGUUUCGAUUCCAACAACGCAGUCAUUCUCCUGAAAUUGUUGAGGCACAGGAGGAAGCAGCUGUUGGUGUCAAACCAGAGGAAACCUUGAAGCUUGAAAUAGGAUCAGUUGUAUUGAUGGAGUAUGCUAACUGCCAGAAGGGUUUUCAAAUCAAUGGCAUUCUAACAGACAGUGAUCCUCCUAUUUAUACUUCUAGUCCUGUAGAAGAGCCUGCCAAAACCUAUCUGUUGUAUGUAGGCUCCAGCCCUUCUCAUUUAGAGCCGGCCUGGGAGGAUAUGAAUUCCUGGUACCAAGUACAAAGGCAGACGAAAGUACUGACUUUGAUGAAGCAAAGAAGCAUUUCUAGCAGAUAUAUACCACAGAUGGUAGCCUCUGGACGCAUCGUCCAUCCAGGCCCAUGUAACAAGCCUAACUCUAGUGGGAGUUGUGGGCAUCCAUGGUGCAGUACUCCGUUCCUGGUCACCUCACCAGCUGGUGAGCCCAUUUCAAAUCUGAUACGAAAUGGAUUGUUCGGUGUUGAGGAGGCUCUGAGAUGUUGCCAUGACUGUUUAUCUGCUCUUGCUGCUGCAGCAUGUGCAGGAAUACGUCACGGUGAUAUCCGUCCAGAGAAUGUGAUCCGUGUGAGUAAUGGCUCAAGGCAUCCAUAUUUUGUACUUAUUGGAUGGGGUCAUGCUAUCCUGGAAGAUAGGGAUCGACCUGUAAUGAACCUGUUCUUCUCAUCUACAUUUGCGCUCCAGGAAGGCAAGCUAUGUGCAGCAUCUGACGCGGAAAGUUUAAUUUAUCUUCUAUAUUUCUCUUGUGGUGGAGUUUGCCCAGAGCUUGAAUCGGUUGAAAGUGCACUUCAAUGGAGGGAGACGUCAUGGUCAAGGAGAGUUAUACAGCACAAGUUGGGCGAUGUCUCAGCAGUGUCGAAAGCUUUUGCAGAUUAUGUUGAUAGCCUUUGCGGAACCCCAUACCCAAUGGACUACGAGAUAUGGUUGAGAAGAUUGCGAAGAACAAUCAAUGAAGAUCAUGGGAAGGAGAUCGAUACAUCAAGUUAAUACCGCAGCACAUUCUCUCACAAAUCGAAAAUGUGGAAGAUCAAGAACAAACACCCAAUUACCUUUUGUUGUUGUAUAUAAUUUUUGUGAAAGGUUCAUAGCUCAUAGUAUUGCCCUUCAUCUUGCACCAUUUCAUCAAUAAGGGUAUCUCCGAAAUUGCAAUCUGCUGCUGCUAUCCUCAAUUUGGAUCACUGUCACUGUUUGCUGUUCAGCGGUUUUGCCUUCAGUCCUUCACACAGGAAUGUAUUAUAGAUCCUUGAGGAUAUCAGCAACAUGUUGUAUUUUGUGAAUGGUCUUUGGUAAAUUGGUGAGCUGUGCUCUGGUUGCCCUUGGAGAUUCUGGGUCCAUCUUAUUCGAGUACGGAUGGGCUUCUAGAUUAUUUUUCUCAUGUUCAGUGUUUUAAACUAUUAAGAAGUAGGUAAAUGUGGAUCCUUGGUGUGCGGUAUAGUCAAACAACUUUUGGUCCUUUUUGCUCACUUUUUGUGAUUGCACCAGAAUGGAUUUGUGAUUAGAGGUGGUUUGGCAUAGUAGCAUUUUGUUCUGAAUUUUGACUAACUUAUUUGUUGGGUGCAAUGUUCAAGUGCACCAAGUUCCUGUAAAUGGUCUUGAGUUGUUCCAGACUCCCCUCCUGCAACUGGUUUGUAUCAAGACACUGCCUUAUCUUUGCCGAGAAAAAAAAGAAAGAAAAAGGAAAGAAACACUGCCAUAGCAGUACAAUCCUUGUACAGUAUCAAGAAACACUGCUUCAUGGGUUUGUUAUUUAGAGGGGCUUUUACCUGUGUUGAUCA